AUGGCGCCAUCGCUCGAGGAGCCUGAGCGGGCCGAAGACGUCUUCAAGAACCCUCUAAAGCAAAAGCCGGACCUAGUAGCCCCCGAACCAGAGCACUGCCCGGGCCCCGAAUCACAGCAGGCCGGCAAGGCGGACUCGUGCGCUGGGUGUCCCAACCAGGCCGUUUGCGCUUCAGCACCCAAGGGACCCGACCCCGACAUCCCCGCCGUGUCCGCACGACUGGCAGACGUGAAGCACAAGAUUCUCGUGCUGAGCGGCAAGGGCGGCGUGGGAAAGAGCACGUUCACAUCUCUCCUAGCCCACGCCUUCGCCACCAACCCAGACAGCAACGUGGGCAUCAUGGACACGGACAUUUGCGGCCCCAGCAUCCCCAAGAUGAUGGGUGUGGAGGACGAGACGAUCCACGUCAGCGGGACGGGAUGGUCGCCCGUGUGGGUCAUGGACAACCUGGGAGUCAUGAGCAUCCAAUUCAUGCUGCCGAACCGGGACGACGCCGUCAUCUGGAGGGGGCCCAAGAAGAACGGCAUCAUCAAGCAAUUCCUCAAGGACGUCGAGUGGGGCGAGCUCGACUUCCUCCUCGUCGAUACACCCCCCGGCACCAGCGACGAGCACCUCAGCGUCAACUCUCUCCUCAAGGAGAGCGGCAUCGACGGGGCUGUCGUCGUCACCACGCCGCAGGAGGUCUCGCUGCUCGACGUCCGCAAGGAGAUCGACUUUUGCCGUAAAGCGGGCAUCCGUAUCCUGGGCCUCGCCGAAAACAUGAGCGGCUUCGUCUGCCCCAAGUGCAAGGGUGAGAGCCAGAUCUUCCGUCCCAGCACGGGUGGUGGCAAGGCCCUUGCCAGCGAGAUGAAUGUCCCCUUCCUCGGAGCUGUGCCCCUCGACCCCAGGAUUGGUAUGGCCUGCGACUACGGCGAGAGCUUCUUCGACUCUUUCCCCGAUAGUCCUGCCUGCCUGGCCUUCAAGCAAGUCGUCGAGAGCCUUGCUGUCCAGAUGGGCCUCGACAAGCGACAGGUGCUCCCGGAGGGAUAG